AUGAAAAUAACUGUGGUACAUCUUAUCUUAAUUUCUCUGUGCAUUGUGAAUGUAGCAUCAGUUAUCCAGUUAUCCAGUUAUCCAGUUAUCCAGUUAUCCAGUUAUCCAGUUAUCCGGUUAUCCGGUUAUCCGAUAAUCCAGUUAUCCAGUUAUCCAGUUAUCCAGUUAUCCAGUUAUCCAGUUAUCCAGUUAUCCAGUUAUCCAGUUAUCCAGUUAUCCAGUUAUCCAGUUAUCCAGUUAUCCAGUUAUCCAGUUAUCCAUUUAUCCAGUUAUCCAGUUAUCCAGUUAUCCAGUUAUCCAGUUAUCCAGUUAUCCAGUUAUCCAGUUAUCCAGUUAUCCAGUUAUCCAGUUGUCCAGUUGUCCAGUUAUCCAGAUAUUCAGUUAUCCAGUUAUCCAGUGGUCCAGUUAUCCAGUUAUCCAGUUAUCCAGUUAUCCAGUUAUCCAGUUAUCCAGUUAUCCAGUUAUCCAGUUAUCCAGUGGUCCAGUUAUCCAGUUAUCCAGUUAUCCAGUUAUCCAGUUAUCCAGUUAUCCAGUUAUCCAGUUUUCCAGUUAUCCAGUUAUCCAGUUAUCCAGUUAUCCAGUUAUCCAGUUAUCCAGUUAUCCAGUUAUCCAGUUAUCCAGUUAUCCAGUUAUCCAGUUAUCCAGUUAUCCAGUUAUCCAGUUUUCAACAUUAUGCAACUUUAUAUGUCAAAAUUAAAAUACAUUAAAAUACAUUAA